ACACCGAAACAGGUAAAUGGAAAUGAUGAUGAGAAAAGCAACUGAUAACAUCUAUGAAAAUAAACAUGCUACAAGCGGUAAAUUUGAAAAAGAGACCACGGACUGUAACGCAAUGAGAAUCCAGUCAUCUGAACUCACAGGAGCUGAAGGUGUGAAGAUCAGAAGCUCCAGAGCAGCUGCAGUGAGUUUGAUGCUCCUGUGUGUUCUUCUGCUGACCGCAGUCAUAGUGCUGUGUGUCAUGUUCACUGGAGAGAGACAGCGGCUCAUAUCCAAGAAUGACAACCUCACUGAUGAGAGAGACCAGCUAAAACAGGAGAAAAGCGAUCUUCAGAGGAGUCUUGGUAAAAUGGAUGGAUGGAUUUACUAUCAGUCCAGUCUUUACUUCAUUUCCUCUGAGAUGAAGAGCUGGAAUGAGAGCAGAAGAUACUGUAGAGACAGAGGAGCAGACCUGAUCAUCAUCAACAACACAACGCAACAAGAGUUUGUGAACAGGAUUUCUGGUUAUGUACAAGUCUGGAUUGGCCUGAAUAAAGUGGAGGGCAGAUGGAAAUGGGUUGAUGGCAGCGCACCAAACUCUGAGUCCUGUGUAUAUGGAGAGCCAAAUGGAUGUAUAAGACAGUACUGUGCUCUAAGUUAUUACACAUGGUGGCAUUAUGCUUUAUGUGAUAAUGCUUAUAGAUGGAUCUGUGAGAAGAGUAUUUGACCCAAUAUACUGCACUAGAAACAUCACACACUUUGUUAUAUCCAAAUUUAACAUUGCAAUCAUUUCUUGAACUGCUGAUGAAAAUUAAAGGGGUGGUUCAGUGUUUUUUUUCCAGGCUUGAUUGUGUUUUUGGGGCGCAGUUUAACAUGUCUUAAUGCUUCGUGUUUUUUUUAAAACGCUGUAUUUUUAAUAUAUUUUACCUUUAUUCUACACCUCUGUUUCCACUGUCAUAUGAACGGCUCGUUUGAUUUCCUGGUUUAUAUGAUACCACUCCAUAGAUGUCUUUUGGAGAAGUAACAGUUAUGCAGAUGUUGUGCCACAUGGCCUCGCCCACUUUGUUGCGUGUUCCCGGCGGUGUGUUUUGCAGGGUUUAUGAUGUCACCAACCCGUUGUAGUCCAAACCGGUCAUUU